GCAGGAGUCACACUCAGUCACAGUCAGAGGAGAAUUAACAGGUGAACAAGAAACCUUCCUGCAACAUUUGACUUGUGCAACUCAGAAUGGAACGAGGAUUGAUGAUCCUGCUGGUCGCUGUGCUGAUGGUUUAUUUGUCACCGGGAGUCAAAGGAACGUCUCAUUUGUCAUUUUCCAAUGAUACGGUGAACGUCACUCGACUUGGUUGCGGAAACACUAAACUGUGUGUGUCGACUCCAGACGACUGCGAUCCUGCUGGAAACAAAAGCUGUCUCUUUGCUGCUGUGGUCGCCAACAACACGAUGGCUCCCAACGGCACCGAGCUGGCCUUCGAACUCAGGGGAGACUCGGCGGGAUACGUCGCGCUGGGACUCACUGUGAACGCCUCAGAGGGCACCACCAUGCUUUUCAUCUGCGCUCAGAACAGCUCAGACAAUGAGUCGUUCUUCUUCCGGACAAUGGACAGAAACAACAGCAACAAUGAGCUCACUCCAACAGAGACGAGAGUGAAAGGCAUUACAGGCAUGGUGAACGGAAGUGUGAUCAAGUGUGAGUUCAUCGUCCCAAAAGUGAACGCCUCCAACACCAGAAGCAGCCACGACACCACCUUCUCCAUCCUCCUCGGAACGGGAAAUGUUACCGGAAAUGCUAUCGGCCCUUUUAACACGUCCCUGAACAGCGGCCCUCUGAACCUCGCCGACCCGGCCAGCAAUGUCCCCACCUCGGCCCCCCCCACCUCGGCCCCCAACAGCAGUGGAGCCGUUCAGCCUCACGCUGUGCUCCUCCUGCUGAGUGUCCUCACACUGUCCGUCCUGCUGAGAGCCUGAGAGGACGAAUUUGUGAUCAGAUGGACACGAUGAAGACACAAAAAACCUGAGUGUCAAACUGUGUAUAAAAUGUUUUUACUGAACUUCUUUUUACACGUUUCAAGCGUCUUUUGCACUAUGUUUGUCAACCGAGAUGUUCUUCGAGCUGAAAGUAUAUAUAUUAUAUAUUAGGAUUAUAUUUAAUUUUCUGCAUCUGGACUGGAGAAAAGGCGUUGUUAUUAUAGUUUUGCACUUUUGUAAAUUUUGUCAUUUGUCAGUUUGGAACCAUAAGCAGUUUCUGCAGACGGACAGACUUUGAUCUGACGAGUUUGAGCUGUUUACUGGAACAUCUGGGCGAGUAAACCUCGACUGACAGGCUGACAAAAGUCCUUUCAGGGAAACCCAAACCAGGAGUGUGAUUACUAUAUCUUAUUUUUUUACAUGUGAAAUAAACUGUGAUUGUAAGAUAUUUGUUAAAGGUCCACCUAUCCUUUGAUAAUGAUAAUAAAGUUGAAACUAUGGUUAA